GUGUGUGCUCGGCCGCAUGAGAUGAGCUGCCUACAGUCUUUGCAGCCACUGUUUUCGCCUCCUCCUCCUCCUCUUCUUCUUGCCUCGGUGUAUCUGUCCAGUCCGGGAAUGCUGACCACCGUGGCCUGAGCCUCCUCUUCAUCUCCUGACUGCCACUCAGUGUGUUUUUGUUCCUGACGGUCGUAGUCUUCCUCAACUCCUCCUGUAAGGUUCUUCUACCUUCAUCUCGUACUGAAACUGAAUCUGACCAGGAAUACUGUCCCAGAGAGCUGAGAAACACAGAACAUGGCUGUGGCCGGAUGUCCGGAUUAUUUCCUUCAUCAUCCAAAUUAUCAGCAGGACAAUAUAGACCGGACCUCCAAUCACAGACAAGCGGAUCUCAUUGGUCCGAGCUUCCAGCAAUCAGCCAGUCGGGGUUCUCCAAGCCAUCAAGAGGAUGAUGUCGAUCUGGAGGCCUUGGUGAAUGAUAUGAACUCUUCGCUGGAGAGUCUGUACUCCACCUGCAGUGGUCAGCAAACAGAGUCCACCCCGCUACUGCACAAUGGACAGACCUCUUCCACACACCACCACCACCACCACAACAACCAUCAGCAGCAUCACACACAACACAACCAGCCUCGGCAGGGUCAGCACUCGCAUGCUUUAAGCCACGUCUCUCCAGAGCCGCCCUCGUCCUCCUCAUCAUCCGCCGACUCGCCACAAAGUGGACUCAGAAGAUCGCAGCCCAUGCACAUUCUCGCUGUCAGGAGGUUGCAGGAGGAGGAGCAGCAGCUGAGGACAUCAUCUCUCCCGGCCAUCCCAAACCCUUUUCCUGAGCUCUGCAGUCCGGCCAGCUCUCCAGUCCUCAGUCCAGGAUCCCUGCCUCCAGGAGAGCCCUCCUCAGACAUCUAUAUUGUGAAGAUCUUCAGUGAAGACGGCAUGGGCAAAGUUGUGGAGAUUCCAGCCGACAUGACAGCCAGAGACCUGUGCCAGCUCCUGGUUUAUAAAAGCCAUUGUGUGGAUGACAACAGUUGGGUACUUGUUGAACACCACCCGCUGCUCGGGCUAGAGCGCUGUCUAGAAGAUCACGAGCUGGUGGUUCAGGUCCAGUCCUCCAUGAACAGCGACAGCAGAUUCCUCUUCCGGAAGAACUAUGCCAAAUAUGAAUUCUUCAGAAACCCUCUGACGUUCUUCCCGGAGCACAUGGUCGCAUGGUGCCAGGAAACCAGUCGUCCUAUUCCACCAUCUCAGCUUCUUCAGAACUUCUUAGCGACCAGCAGCUGUCCAGAGAUUCAGGGUUAUCUGUACAUGAAGGAGGUUGGGAGGAAGUCGUGGAAGAAGGUUUACAUGUUCCUGCGGCGCUCAGGACUCUACUGCUCUACAAAAGGAACCUCAAAGGAGCCUAGACAUCUACAGUUACUAGCAGACCUUGAAGACAGCAACAUCUUCACUGUCAUCACAGGCAAAAAGCAGCACGGUGCUCCCACAGACUAUGAGUUCUGCAUCAAGCCCAACAAAGGUAGAGGUGAGAUGAAGGAGUUGAGGAUGCUGUGUGCAGAGGAUGAACAGGGCAGGACGUGUUGGAUGACAGCCUUCAGACUCUUUAAGUACGGGCUUGUAUUGUACCAGAAUUAUAAGAUCCCUCAACAAAGAAAAACGUUACUUUCACACUUCUCAGCUCCUGUGCGAAGCGUGUCAGAGAACUCCCUCGUGGCGAUGGAUUUCUCAGGGAGGAUAGGCAGAGUGAUUGACAACCCAGUAGAAGCUCAGAGCGCUGCCAUGGAGGAGGGGCAUGCAUGGAGGAAGAGGAGUCAACGAAUGAAUAUAUUAGGCUCCCACAGUCCGCUACACCACUCCUCAUUAAACUCAGUCAUCCACAUAGCUCAGUUGUGGUUUCAUGGCAGGAUAACCAGAGAAGAAUCCCAUCGUAUCAUCCACCAGCAGGGACAAGUAGACGGGUUGUUUCUGCUGAGAGUCAGUCAGAGUAAUCCCAAGGCAUUUGUUCUCACAUUGUGCCAUCACCAGAAAAUCAAACAUUUCCAGAUACUACCAUGUGAAGAGGAUGGCCAACUCUUCUUCAGCCUUGAUGACGGCGCCACCAAAUUCACCGACCUGAUCCAGCUGGUGGAGUUCUACCAGCUCAACAGAGGAGUUCUGCCUUGUAAACUCAAACACCCGUGCACCAUCGUGGCCUUAUGACAUCAUCAGAUCAUCAGACCCCAUGAGCCCUAUCACUUGACCUGACUCUGCCUAAAACAAACAAAACAACAAGAAUCUCUUUUUGUUUUUAUAGAAGCUGGUGAAUGACUGAUGUUUCUUUGUUGUUGUUGUUGUUUUUAAUCAUCAUGACUCCGCCGGAGACUGCUGACUUGUUGGAUUCCUUUUUUUUUUUUUUGCAUGGAUGUCUGAGGAGUUGGAUGCACAACUUGCUUACAUGAUGAGAGAAGAUAAAGGAAAUGAACACUGCCGUUCGUGUCAAUAAUGUUUCAAAAUCUUCCACAAUCUUGCUACCCACAGUCAUCAAUAAGCUCGGACACGUUGACCCUCGAGGUUGGGGAUUUUUUUUAAACUGGACAAUCAGCAGGACAAGCUUUGGUGUGGACCACUCUGCUCUCUGAGAACAAACAGUAGUCUUAUCAAACUUCCUCAAACGUCCUCAAAGAUGAAACUGUAGACGGAGAGUUGAUUGUCUCUUAAGUUUUGCACUCAUCGAACUGGGAGCGGCAUUUGACAGUGCAUGACUUUCUAAGCUGUCACAUUACUGAACUCUGAGAUGGUGCCGGCGCCCUCCAAUGUCACGGGCAUGUAAGGAUAUUUAACAUUGAUGGGCUUCAGAGGCACCACAAAAAGAGAGUGUUGCUUUUUGAAUCAAAAUUUUGUCAAAAUCUGGAACUAUUGAAAGUAUUUAAAAAAAUGGACUGUACAAAAUCUGCGUUUUCCACUCGUAGAGUUUUAUUUGAUCAUUUCUGAACACACAGGGUUUUUGUUGGUUAUAUCUAAAUUCUUAUUUUUUCUGCAUUUUUUGCAUUCAGGUUAUUUGCAACCCUCCAUCAUUCACAUAAGCUACAACAAAGUCGUGCUAUGCUUGCUAUUUUAUUGCACGCUCUAGUUCUUUAAAGUAUUUCUCAUACAACCUCCACAAAAUGAACAAGGAGAACUCAACAUACGGUGUCAUAAUACAGGGUGAAAUCAUGUUAUACUGCAAGAAAUUAAACCAGAAAGGCUGAUCAUGGUUUUCAUGAUGUUACAUUUUAAAAGGAAAUCAGUAAGUGCAGCCAUUGCAGUUCAAGAAAAGGCAGGGGAAAAUCUGAUUUAGAAGAUAAUGUAUGAAAAAAAGAGCAUAUAGGACUUUUACUCGAUCUUCCACAUCACAGCACAGGCAAGGAUAAUCACUAAUAUUUUCUUCAGGUGUUUUUGAAGUUAAAGCAUUAAAAAAGACAGUAAUAAUCAUCUUUUUCAAGUUAGAUGCAGCUGAUUCUAUGGGAAACUUUCAUCCCAGCUCUUCCUCUUCUCACACACGUUUCACACAAUUGUCGAUUGGAAGUGAUCAAUGUGAUAUCAAACAAACAGAUAGUAGAUAUCGAGAAUUAUAUUCCCUAUGAGGUGCUGCCUUUAACUACCAUUCAUCCGUUAGCUGACUUAUCCCAUUCAGGAUUGUAGGAGGCUGCAGAGCUCCCAGUCCAGGGUGCCCCCUUUUGGGCCUUUUAACUACAAGGGAGUAAAGAACACAUGCUAUCACAUUAACACCUACUGCCUACUUCACACAGUCUCACUAUUAUUCAGGCAUACAGCCCAUGAAUAAACUACUGUUUCAAUAAAUACAUUCAUAGUAGCAUUGCAGUUGUGAACUUUAGGCCCCAUACCUCUGUCUGGGUUGUUUUAACCCAUAUCUCUUAAAUUUAACAUACCAGUUUGCCUCUGGUACAGCAUGUGCUUCUGAUUGCUAACAAUAAGAGCAUCAGGCUGGAACCUGAGGACAUAAAACUUUCAUUGAAUUAGUUAAGGGCAAAGAAUGUGCCCACCUUGGUCUCAGAUGGUGCAGGUCCAACAAAAAUCAAUUGUUUUUCCAAUGCCAGCCAAGGUCAGUCAAAAAGGAGAAUAUAAAUGGAUCCCCACUUGUGUUCGGGCCAAGUCUGUGAUGAAGCUUCUAUAAUUAACUACAGUGCAGUGAACCUGGAUUGAAUGUCUUUUUAAAUAGAUAAGGAUUAAUUUUUUAGCUCCUAUUGAUUUUGUCUGGCAGGAUGAAUCAAAUGUGAAGGGCGAAACACUGAUAUCUCAAAUUCUGAGUAAACAUAUAGUAGGUGAAUUCCCAAAGUAAUGCAAUGAUUCUUGAAAUGAAAUAAGUCACUUCCUGUGAACCCAUUCACUAACACCUUUCCUAAAAAACUCAUACGCAAGCAGCUUAUCUCCAUUUUUCCCAACAAGUAUUCCAUAAUUUUCUGAAAUUGGACCUACUUGGUAGUGCUAUUUCAUUUAAACAAUGAUCUUACAGCCAGCACACAAGCAGAUUUCUUUUUAUCACCUUAAAUGCACCAUUCACAGUCCUGAUGCUGGUUGUGCUGAGGCAUAUUAAGCAUCUGAGAUGCAGAAUAGCCGCACCGUACUCAACUCUCAGUGCAUUUUUUGAGUAUUUGUUUCAGUAAAAUGUAUUUAUUUAUCUGGAUGUGACUGAUUACUUGAAAAUUUCAGAUUUUCUUUCUUCUUGGCGCUGUUCUGUACUGUUUUCUUUUGUCAUUAACAUGAAAUGAUUGACCAGUGUGAUAUAAUCUCACAAUAAUGAUGACUGUAAAGACAAAGCAUCAUUUAGUAUAUUUUGUUUCUUUUUGUUAGUUUCAUUCAAAAACAGUUCUUGCCAUCGUCAACACUUGUUACAAGCUGAUGCUUUAUAGCACACUGGUAUGAAUGGUGUCAGCAUUGUCAUUCCAGCAGGUAAUAAGGGGAAUGUUGGGAUAUUGAAAAGAAAACAUUUGAGUUUCUCCAAGCAUUUAUCAAAGGCUGUUAUAACCCUGCUUAUUGCUAGUAACAUUUCUCCUACAUUUAUUUGAGGAUACCUUACUAAAAGAUUUUUCCCUCCUCUGCUUCAUGAUGCCCACAAACCAAAAAAUAUGGAUAUGAAUUGUAGUAAACAGAUACUUAAAUGUUGGAGAAAAUGCCCUAAAGUAGCCUCAAAAUUCUCAAAAUUGACCUUAGACUUUUAAUGAACACUUCUAAACACUUACUUUAUAAAUGAAGAAAUUCAUAACACUUUUCUUGCUCUUAAAACUGAAAUGAAAAUGGGGUAUGACUAUUCCUAAGUGCAGAGUCUUGUGUGCAAGGAUUCUGUCAAUUAUAAAUAACAUGGAUUCUAAUCAGAUAAAAUUAUUUUCUUGAUGCUAAAAGUCAUCUAAACCCAUUGAUAUGGCACUCUAUUGUUGAUACUCUUUCUAACCUAAUCAUAAACCCCUUUGUCAUCCACCCGCUCAUUUUUUCCGACUGAUGUGAAUAGAAGCAGGUGCCAGCAUGUGAAGGACCAGGCUCUGUGGGGUCUUAAAUCCAAAAGGCAGAUGGUAAAUUCAGCUUGUGAAGAGGAAAUCAGGGGAUUUGGGUGACUUUGUUUUUAUUCUUACAGAAAUGAAUGUAACUAGGUUGCUCAGGGUCGACUUGGAGCGUGUUAAAAACUACUGGAUCAUCCAAUCUUUGGGACUUGUAUGUGCAGGGGAUUCAUAGAUAUUUUGGUUUCUUAUUCUGGUAUUUUCCUCCAUUAUGUUCACCAGUGAUCUACUAGUUGACUGGAUAAUAUCCUUGCAGCAAAGCUAUAUAGAUUCACUUCUGUUAACAGUUAACACAGUAGAGUUGUAGUUCAUCUGUUUAUUAGAAAAAGGCCUUCAGACCAGUCUGAUUUUAACCCACAUCUCCAACACUUUAGUUCAAUCUAGUAUACAUUUUUACACUGAUUUAUUGCACCAUAUAUCAAGUAAACCCAGUGCCAGGUCUGAGGAGCCAGAUAACAUUUGGUGCUUCUGAUGACUCGUCUUUAUCUGCACAAACUGGAUAUAACACGUGGACCAAAUGUAAGACAACUGCUGUUCUAGGGGUACUGUUCACACCCAGAAAACUUACAAUUUUAAUCCAUUUUCAGAGAGUACAAUUCAGAAAGUGGCACUGACAGAUUCAGGCAAAGGGGAUGAAAUGCUCAUCUUCAGUUUCAGUAAAUCAUGCCCGAUCCUGCAAACAUGGAUAAAUCUGUAUCAUCUUGACUCUUGUGCAUUUUCGUUAGUUGUCACAAUGCAAGAUACCGUGGCUGUAUAAAUGAGUAAAGUAAAAAAUAUAUCUAUAUAUAAAAAUAUAAACUAUUGUGUAUUUCAGGGAAUGCAAAAAAGAAAACAGUAACUUUUCUCUUUUUGUAAGAGAGAGCUCCUGUAUUCAAAAUGUGCUUUGCUUCAAUCUGUAAAUAGUUGAAUGGCUUAUAAAUCUUAAUUGUAACCUUUUCAGGUAUUUUUGUACAAACAAGGGACUGAUAUAUUCUGUUUAUUGUAAUUAGAAUAAAACAUUAAUACAUUGAUAUAAAAAACGGAAG